CAAGACUUCCACAUCUGCAGUCUUCACGUGCUCUCUCUAUCUGGUCUGCCUCCCUCUCAUGCUUUUCUCUAAUUUAUCAUUUUGUUUGCAUCUCGAUCUGUAAAUCUUAGCCAAUUCUUCUUUUUUGGGUCUUCGGCCGUUGAGAGAUCAUACAUAUCUAUCAUAAGGGUAGUUUUGUUCGUUGGUUGACAGAAAAAUCGAAACCUCUUUCCGAGUGAUAACAGUAGUAGCUAUGGAGAACAAGAAGAAGCAAGUGGGUGUCUCAUCUUCAUCCACGACUUUCGAUCACCUCUUUGGUCCCAAGGACCCCUCUUCAACAACUUCAUCAUCCUCCAGUACUUCUGGAAUAUUUGGAUCCAUUUUUCCACCUCCCUCAGCGGUGCUAGGGAGGGAUUCCACUCAUAAUCGAGGUGGCAGUGGCAAGUAUGGAAAUCCAGAUAUUAUUACCAAGAAUGGCAAGGGUGAAAGUACUGCUAGAGAAAAGGGUUCCAGUUACCAGAAAGAGACAAUGGAACCAUCCUAUUUUAGCUCAGAACCAGCUUGCUACUUUAGCUCAUCUAUCUACUACGGUGGUCAAGAAGAUUAUUCUCCAAGGACCCGCUCCACCGAAUCCCAACAAAUUUUUAAAAAGGAUGGCGGAGACGAUGAUUCAAACGGAAACAAUCCAAACUGCGCUUCCAGAGGGAACUGGUGGCAAGGUUCCCUCUAUUACUAACAUCGAAUGAACCCAUCCUGCACCUCGCAAAGGGCUGGCGACAGUAUGAUCUUGUAGCUUAAUAUUACGUACGGAAAUAAGCUGGUGGCAAUAAUAUAUUAUAUUAGUAUAUAACACUGUCAUGACUUGGGAAAACGUGUUGGGUUCUUUUUGUCCCAACUGGCACAUUUUGGGACAGUCUUAUAUUUCUAGUAUUUAGGAGCUUGAUGCCAGUACUCCUUUUAUAAGAUGAUCAUUGUACGAGUAACCUGGUACUGUUCCAUGUACUUAAUACGCUGUCUGGAGUUUAUCCAUGAUCUACUUGUAACUCAAUAUAUAUAUAUAUAGACUAG